UCUGAUUCAUUUAAAACGACUCAGUAUAAAUGAAUCACUCAUCACUACCGAAUCAAAACAUUGACGUCGGCAGUGAUGUAGAAUAAUCUGUAAAUCAUGAAUUUAAUCUCUUAAAUUCUUUCGCCGGAUUUAUCCAAAACCAGGAGUCUGCCUUGGCCAUUAUGGCUCAGCCCGAGCACCUCAGUCCAUCUCUGAUGGCCGUGCCUGAAUUCAUGGCACAAAGAAAACUUCUCGGAUUUGGCGUAUUCCUGGCUUGGAUUUUCCUGUUCCAUUUGCUGGUCAACGUUUGGCUCCUCUGUGUGUUCACCAGCCUGUUAGUUGUGAUAGGUGGGUGGCUUGGCUCUCAGGCUCUCCUCGAGUCGGAAAGCGUCAUCCACCUUGAGCGUUUCAUCAAGCUGGAUGAAAUCCGGUCUUCAGCAGACAGUGAGAUGCAUCUAGACCACGAGAUCCAGAACACAGUUUGUAAGAUCAUCCGAGACUUUGUCUCUUCGUGGUAUCACACAGUUUCUACAGAGCGUGAAUUUGAGGAUGAGAUCCACAACUCUAUGAUCUCCAUGGCAAUGGAGCUUAAGCUUCGGGCGAAGAAAGUGGACCGGAAAGCUUUAACGCUGAGGGUAUUGGAUCUUUUCGGAUGCCAUCUUCAGUGCUACGCAAAAGCUAAAGAAAUCAUGGCUGAAAAAGCAGGCAAGGACCAAAAUGCUAAUGAGAGUCUCUGGCAGGCAUACAGCAUGUCUUGUGUGCCUCACCCAGCUCUUCAGAGCUCUGCCGUAGAAGUGAAUUAUGCACGCGCGAUUGUGGAUUUGCUUCUACAUGUUCUGGUCCCUCCACCACAUCUCGAAACCAGAACAGGGAGAUUUGUAGUGUGUGAACUUAUCACCUGCAAUGUUCUUUUACCGUUAAUUGCGAAACUGUCUGAUCCAGAUUGGUUAAACAUGUUGAUUGUGGAUGUUUUUACGAGGUCCAAAAAUCCCGAAACGGAACCAGUCGAGCCAGAGAAAAUGACAUCUCCCCCAACAAUGGUUCUCAAUGAAGAAAAUUCACAGGAUGUUGAGGUUCCAUCUUCUUUAACCUUGAAGGACACUCCCAGUGUGACUGAUGCACUGACACCUGAAUUGACAAAUCUGGACGUUCUUGACUCUGCCGACCUUUACUGUCCACAGAACCAAGAAGAUGAAGGACCAAGACAGUCGUUUUCUUCAGAGCACCCGAGUUUCAAUUCAAAGGAUUAUAUGCGACUGGGAAAAUCUAAUCCUUUCUAUCAAGAAACAGACUCUGAUUUGGAGUCCCCUCUAAACGACUUCAAAAGGAGUUCGCUGGAAUCACUGGUCCUGAUAGGCACAGAAGAAGAAGCGUCAGAGGCAGUUACAGAAUGUCCCACGCUGGCAGACGGAAUAAUGGACCCCAAAGACGAGUUCCAAGUCUAUUCAAAUGCGCCGAAGGUCGUGGUCUCAGAGAUCCAAGAACAAUCCUCUGAUACCACCGAUGGGGCAGAUGAACUGUCUUCAAGCUUCUGUGCUCUUCAGGAACUUGAAAAGGGUACCACGAAAGCAGAAAUGUCUGGCACGGAGACAUCGGGGGUGGUGAACGCCAACGGGCUGACUCUGUCAGAACCUCUUCAAGCCUCCUCACCUUCAGUCGGAUCCAUGCCCCUCUCUCCAUUCACGUUCGAACCCCUUAGUAGUCCUGAAGGCCCCGUCGUUAUUCAGAACCUCCGUAUCACCGGCACCAUCACAGCUAAGGAACACCGAGGCACAGGCUCUCAUCCAUACACACUCUACACUGUGAAGUAUGAAACAGCUAUGGACACUGAGAAUCCAGGCACAUUGCAGCCAGUGGCUUACCACAUGGUCAAUCGGCGCUAUAGCGAGUUCCUGAACCUGCAGACCCGGUUAGAGGAGAAAGCUGAAUUACGCAAAAUUAUCAAACAUGUUAAAGGACCUAAGAAAAUCUUUCCUGACCUUCCUUUUGGAAACAUGGACAGUGACAGAGUUGAGGCCAGAAAAAGUUUACUGGAAACUUUCCUUAAGCAACUUUGUGCAAUACCUGAAACAGCCAACAGUGAAGAAAUGCAAGAGUUUCUUGCCCUGAACACUGAUGCGAGGAUUGCUUUUGUGAAGAAGCCGUUCAUUGUCUCACGAAUAGACAAGAUUGUAGUGAAUGCUAUAGUGGAUACGCUAAAGACAGCCUUCCCUCGCUCAGAGCCGCAAAGCCCCACAGAUGAAGUGGAUGCAGAGCCUGAUGGGAAAUUAUCAUCAGACAGGAAGAGCAAGUCCAGGAUGCGAUUCUCCAGUAAAAUUGCUCCUGCUCUUAAUGUAUCCGACAUGAAACCCAAAGUUCUUUACUGCUUUGAUGAGAGGAGCAGCGUGUUCAAUGGCCUCACCAUGAACAGUCUAGAGAGCUUCAUCUUGGAGCGGGAGCGUCUUGUGAGUAAAGCACCGCUCCAAGAUGCGGACGGAGAGCGGGAUGUCAGCCUCAUUGCCAAGGAGGAUACGGAGCCAUGCACGUGUUCAAAAAGAAAGUUAUAUAAUGUCAUUCAAAAUCACAGGGAAACUGAACUUGCUGACAUGGCUCUGAAUAUCCUGUGUCUGCUGAUGAAGGACCAGUGGAGUUGGCUUUGCACUGAAAAUAUCCAGAGGAGCAUCAGACUGCUAUUUGGGACCCUCAUUGAGCGGUGGCUGGAGGUUGGAGUGGCUAAUCUGACCUGUAUGCAAUACUGGGUGACUUAUUUGCGGGUGCUGCAGCAGGCUGUGUGGCCUGGAGGAAAUCUGCCUGCUCAUCCACGCCCUCAGCGAACCCAGCAGCAAAAAGAUGACACCAAACAGCAGUCACUGCAGUGUUUGAUGAAUUUGCUUCCUGAUCUUGUUUCAGAUAUACUGGGCUCAGAGAAGUACAAGCAUUCCUGGCAGGUCGUUCUCGAGUCUCUCCAAGAUUCUACCAUAAACAGGCACCUGGUUUACUGUGUGUGGGAUGUGCUGUUCGAGUUCCUAAUCCCAGAGCUGUCUGAUGACGACUUUCAGAAGAUGCUGCUCCAGAGCCUUUCUAAAAACGCAGAGAAACUACCACCGUAGGAACUCGAUGAAGCUUGGCCACCUACUCCAAACGAAGCUGGUCAGUCAUGGAAGUGAAUGAGGCUAAAUGGAAUAUGUGAAUGGUUUGGUCUGACUCUAAUUUAGCCCUUACGUGUCUGGAUCUCGCACACAAUAUGUGCAUCUGGCCUAGCUUUGAUUACUGGCCACCUGUUUUGCAUUUUAGCAGGCCUUGACUGAUCUCCAAAACACCCCUGGACCGGAUCUGAAUUAGUGGAGAGCUCUCUUCUCAAGCUCUUAUCCACCUUCUUCCGGUUCAAACUUUGGGCAAACCUUUUACAGAUGGACUCGUAUUAAGCUUCAUAACACCGGGGCAGAAUUAAACUUAACUUGGCCCUCCUAUCUUGUAAAGCCACUUUAAGUUUUGUUUGUUGCUUAUUUCUCUCGCUCCUUGCCACGGGCGCUGCACUGUGACACAUUUGUCUCUCAUUUGCUUAAGAUUCCAACAUCCAACUUCCUGUUGAAUCUUCCUCCACUUUAUUUAGGUUGUAGGGGUUUUCCAUGUGAGCUGGCACGAGAUUUAGUGUUGUGUUGAAACUGUACAUGCGUCGGAGGAGCUUAAUCUCGUCUGUUCACAGAGGGGGACUUGGUCAUUUACUACCUAUUUUUUAUGGUUGGCCUUAAAGAAGGGGUUAUUUAGAAUAUAACUCUAUAGAAUACCGAGGAGUCUUCUUUCCAUUCCAGCUUCCUGUUCUAAAUAUUGUUGGAUGUUUAAUGUUAACACAUUUUGGUCCUUAUGUACUUGCUAACUGAAGUAUUUUCCUCACACUUGUGCACUUUGAUGAAUAUUAGGCUGAUGUCUAAAACUGUAAAAGAGAUGUCUUAUCUGCCUUAACCUGUCUGUAAAGCAGUUUAAGAGGAAUGGAUCAAAAGCCAUGAAAAAGUCAUUCCUUAGUGGUCAACACGUGUAACUUUAUAAAGUGGUGUAACGUUCCAUGAUUUGAUCGAUCAUGUCUAAUUCUGCACUAUGUAACAACCCCCAUUCCAACAUAAACCCCAUCCCACCCUCCACUUCCUGCCCCAGUAUAGUGAUCCUUGUGAAAUGUUUACUAUCAUGAUCCAGGAAAAUAUUCCACUCUGCUACCUACUAUCGUGUGAAAUGUAACGCUUAUGCUUUAAUUAUUGCACUACUUAUAAAUGUGUCAGUGGAGAUGUUGUAAGCUGUAAUUAUAAUAAACAUGCAAGAAAAAACCUGAAA